AUGGAAGACAAAAUAUCACUUUUUGAUAAAUCUGGAAAGAAGAUUGAUAUUUACCAGGAGGCGACAAUGUCUGGGCUCCAAAAUCCUUUAAGUGUUUUUCAAAUGUCUGAACUACAAGAAAUCGAUGAUAAGAAACAACAGCAAAUAGUACUAGAAGAGUGCGAGGAGGAAUCAGAUAAUAAUGAGAGCGUCAUCCCUUCAAUUGAAAAUAAAAUUGAUAUCAAUUCUAAACGAGAGAAAGGCAAGAUAAGAUCAAGAAAAUCGAGAGCACGCAAGAAGGUUUAUAUAGAACAACUUGAAGCUAAGAUUGAGAAGCUUGAAGCCGAAAAUUUCAGGCUCCAGAACUUACUAGUAUCAUAUAGAAAUGACAAAUUGAAGGUAGCUAACAAGGAUUCAUAUAAGUUUAUUGAAUCUUCUAGAAGUAUGAAAGAGCAAUCUGUAAGAAGGAUUAUGAACUUGGAUACAUCAGAAAUUGGGAUGAAGAGUCAAGUGCCUAUUCAUGAAGAUUUUGAAGAUGUUCUACCGAAGUUGAUAUCUGACCACCGUAAUUUUUUGGAUACUACAUUUGAGUCAUUGAUAAACAACCCUUUUCCUGGGUUCAAGAUGAAGUAUCUUGGAGAUUUGGACGAUACUCCAAUAAAGAGCUUUGAAGUUAUUCAAAAAUAUUUGAAACGUACCACUUCUCAGCGCAUCGAAUUUCAAGAAGAACAUAAUCUGACACAGAUAGAUCACUUGAUUGCUUCUCUUAGCCCAAAUAAGAAACAGUACAAUUUCCUCAUAAAAAAAUUUACAAGAGAGAAGGCUAUAAUUGACAGAUUCAGAGAUGGGGUAAAACUCUUGCUGAGAGCGAAGCAGACAUUUGAGCAAAACAUUCCAGAUAUGAUGCUAACAUUCAGGUAUUUUUUAAAAUCUGGAAUUCUAUCAGAUGAGCAGAUACUAGAGUCGAAUCUUACAAAAUCAUUCAUUUCUAAAGACAAUGCAAUCGAAGAUAUCUGGAAAGUCAAAAUAGCCCAAAAACAGUACUCUGCUGACCUAGCUGCCUGCCCUAUGGUUGGAAAGUCAGCUUUCAAGAGGUUUAAGAAGAAGGAAAGAGUCUUGGACAUAAGCUACAAUCAUUUCUCUAUGGAUUAA